AUGGAGUACACUGAUCUACUCAACAAAGCGGACAGCACAGACGACCCCAACAUGAGGAUGGUCUACACAGCGGCGUGGGCGGUCUCUCCAUAUGUGGCAUUCUCAAGGACAUGGAAGCCCUUCAACCCUAUUCUCGGCGAGACAUUUGAAUUCUCGAACCACAAUGGCAUCACUUUUGUAAACGAGCAGGUGAGUCAUCAUCCGCCUAUUUGUGCCGGGCAUGGGGAGAAUGAGCACUUCGUCUAUGACUGCACCUCAAAGGUCAAGACAAAAUUUCUUGGGAAUUCAGUGGAGGUUUAUCCUUUAGGAAGGGCUGGGCGCUACGAAGUGGAUGGAUACGUCUAUGAUUCUUCCGAAGAACCUAAGAUGCUCAUCACUGGCAAGUGGAACGAGUCAUUGAGCUACCAACCAUGCGAUCAUGAAGGAGAGCCAUUGGAGGGAUCCACACUGACUGAGGUUUGGCGACUUACCGACUUGCCUGAGGACGAUAAGUUCCAGUUUACUCACUUUGCGAGAAAACUUAACAGUUUCGAAACUGCACCUCCAAGUCUGCUGCCAUCUGAUUCCCGCCUACGUCCUGAUCGCAAAGCAUUGGAAGAGGGGGACCUUAACCAGUCAGCAUCAGAAAAGUACAGGCUGGAAGAGCACCAACGUGCAGAGAAGCGUGAGAGAGAACAGCGAAAGGAUGCUUUUGUCCCCAAAUGGUUUCGUUCGUCUGGGGAGACAGCUGUCACACCAUGGGGAGAUCUUGAAGUUUACGAGUUCACUGGACUGUAUGAUGAGAGGAAGUCAGCUGCUUCCGAAACUCCUGUUGAGGAUGUUCCCAAGCAGGAGUUUAGUCCAUGGCAGUAUCCGGAGCUGAAGGUUGAGGUACAAGAUUCUCCUGUGCCGACUGGAGUUGUUGCUCUCUAG